AUGGCGGACGCCUUCGCAGGCACCUGGAAGCUGGUGGACAGCAAGAAUUUCGAUGACUACAUGAAGUCCAUCGGUGUGGGUUUUGCUACCAGGCAGGUGGCCAAUAUGACCAAGCCUACCACAGUCAUCGAAAUAAAUGGGGACACGAUCACCAUAAAAACACAAAGCACCUUCAAGAACUCGGAGAUCAGCUUCAAGCUGGGAGUGGAGUUUGAUGAGACAACGGCAGAUGACAGGAAGGUCAAGUCCACCGUGACGAUGGAUGGAGGCAAACUUGUCCAUGUGCAGAAAUGGGACGGGCAAGAAACAAAACUUGUGCGGGAGCUUGUGGAUGGAAAACUCGUCCUGACGCUCACCCACGGCAAUGUAGUGUGUACGCGCACUUAUGAGAAAGAAGCAUGA